AUGUCUCUCUCCAUAUUCAAACUCUUCAUCUUGUUCUUAUUGAUUGAAUCUUCCAUUGCAAAAUAUGUAAGCCAACCUGAUGAUCAAGAUGUGAACAUCGUCGACUAUUCAAGUUUGUUCAAAGAGAUGAUUGAAGGAUGGCAACGUGAAGCAACUGAGAAAUACCCUUUCAGGCCAGAUUUUGAGAACUAUGACGGCUUCUCUUUCAGACAAAACAGAGAUCAAACUUAUGCCAACAGAUCUUUUUAUAUACAAGACAAGGCUCAAGCUUAUGUUCGUCAGUGGACCAACUACAAGCCAUACCGUGACUUGGGGGACAAGAUAGGUGUGUUGUGGCCAACCCAAGAUGAUGAUUCUUGUCCUGAAAUUGAAGCUAUGAAUCUCUUGACCUAUAUGUUACAUGGCCUGAGUCGUCGUAAACACAUUCUUCGAUGGCUUGAGUGA